AUUAUAAGGCUUCACAGCCUCCCAGCCUUCCCUUGCUCCUGGAGUACCAGCGCCUGCUCAGGGAAAGAGGGAUCUCCAAACUUUUCAUCUCCAGGUGAAAUACAGCAACUGCCACCAUGUCUGAUGAGGAAGUCGAGUACGAGGAGGAGCAGCAGGAAGAAGAGGAACAACCUGAAGAAGAAGUGGCUGAAGAACCUGAGUCAGCUCCUGAGCCAGAGGAAGAACGCCCCAGACCAAGGCCAGUGGUUCCACAGUUGGCUCCUCCAAAGAUCCCUGAGGGGGAGAGAGUGGAUUUCGAUGACAUCCACCGCAAACGUAUGGAGAAAGACCUCCUGGAGUUGCAGACCCUCAUUGACGUACACUUUGAGCAGAGAAAGAAAGAAGAGGAAGAGCUCGUUGGUCUCAUGUCAAGGAUUGAACACCGGCGCGCCGAACGUGCAGAACAGCAGCGGGUGCGCACGGAGAAAGAACGGGAGCGGCAGACCAAGCUCGCUGAAGAGAAGAUGAGGAAGGAGGAGGAGGAAGCCAAGAAGAGAGCUGAAGAUGAUGCCAAGAAGAAGAAAGUGCUGUCCAAUAUGGGAGCUCAUUUUGGUGGAUACCUGGUAAAGGCAGAGCAAAAACGUGGCAAGAGGCAGACGGGCCGUGAGACGAAGAUACGGGUCUUAUCAGAGAGGAGGAAAUCACUGAACAUAGACAACUUAAGUGAGCAGCAGCUGAGGGACAAGGCCAAGGAACUACACGACUGGAUCCAGCAGCUAGAGUCAGAGAAGUUUGACCUGAUGGAGAAGCUCAAAGGUCAGAAGUAUGAGAUCAAUGUUCUCUACAACCGUAUCAGCCAUGCCCAGAAAUUCAAAAAAGGUGCUGGAAAAGCCAGACUUGGUGGCCGCUGGAAGUAGAAGUGAAGAAGUUCACGUACACACCCAGAACUGGAAGCCUCACUGUCAGCGAAAGCGACUGUUGAUCAACAUCCCAUUGCUUUCCAUGCCUUUCCUUGUGUUGAAAGUUGACCCCCUGCCCUGUGUCCGUUCUUCUCCACGCCUUGUCAUGUGUGCCUGUAACAUAUUUCGUGUCACAAGCCACACGCAAUAAAACAGCCUCUCCCCGCUACAGAA